CACCGCCAUAGUAGGAUAUCUCAACUCUAUUACUACAAAAGAACUUGAGACUUGCUCCACCGGUCACCUAAACACUACACUGAGCUUCACUUAGCAAGACAUACAGUCAUAGGAGCUAGCGGCAGUUGCAGUUAGCAAGAAAGCAAGAAAUCAUGGGUUUCUCCAUGGGCUUGAACUUAGUGCUUCUCCUAGCCAUGGUGGCUACCAACAUCCUUUCCCUCUACCAUCUUUCCUCCACUCUUCAAUCUCCCAAGCCCCCAACUCAACAAACAGUCCCUGACCACCUCCUCCACCAACUCAACACCAUACGCGCCACCAUCAGCCAUCUCACGCGCCACAAGCCACCUUCCAUUACCCCAUCUCCCACCACUACCAAACCCUCCAUCCCUCAAGAUCUCCUCCUUUAUUCACACCUCUCACCUAUAGCUUCUUCUUGCCAUAACCACCCUGAUCUUCUACACAAGUACAUGGCCUACACUCCUUAUUCUCUUUGCCCUCUUGACUCUGAUCUUCUUGCUGAAUCUUUAAUCCUUCAUGGCUGCCACCCUCUCCCUCGGCGUCGAUGCUUCUCCAAAACCCCACCAAAACCUCCCUCUUCUCUUCCUCGUAACCCUUUCCCUUCCUCGUUUCUCGACUCAAAUGUAAUCUGGAACAAGUAUCCUUCUUGCAAGUCAUUCUCUUGCCUUGCUAAGAAAAGCCCAGGUCUUGGCUUUGAUCCAAACGCUGAGAUCUCCAAGUUUAUGACUUACAAGACUGAGUUGGAUCUCCCAGUCCCACAGUUGCUACAAGUAGCAAAAUCAGCCAAUUCUGUUAUUAGACUUGGUAUUGAUAUUGGUGGUGCUACUGGUACUUUUGCAGCUAGAAUGAAGCAGUACAAUGUGACUGUUGUCACUACAACAAUGAAUUUCAAUGUGCCCAAUAAUGAAGUGGUGGCAAUGAGAGGCUUAGUGCCACUUCAUGUGCCAUUGCAGCAGAGGUUGCCGGUUUUUGAUGGGGUGCUGGAUCUGGUCAGAUGUGCGCAUGCAGUGAAUAGGUGGAUACCUUUGACAAUGAUGGAGUUUUUGUUUUAUGAUGUUGAUAGAGUGUUGAGGGGCGGUGGGUAUUUGUGGUUUGAUCACUUCUUUUGUAAACGAAUGGAUCUUGAUAAGGUUUUCGGACCUUUGAUUGGGAAAUUGGGUUACAAGAAGGUGAAGUGGGCAGUUGGGAAUAAAACUGAUUCUAGUGGCUUGAAGAACGAGGAGGUUUACUUGACUGCACUUUUGCAAAAGCCUGUGUCAAAAUGAGGAUCAGAUAUAUCUCUUGAGGUAUCAUUGUCAGAUCUUGUUGAUCAGGGGACACAACAGACAACCCUUUUCAAGGUUAGAUCUCGUUUACAUAGAGGAUGCUGUUCUUUGCCUUAGCAAUGAAGCAAACAUGGUUAUUGGCACUAAUAUGGAUAAAGAGCAAAGGGGUGCCGAAAUGCUGUAAAAUAAUAGAAUGGAAAAUGGGCAUACUGAUUCAGGAGGGUUAUUAGCAAAUUGCGGUGAACGUGGUGGAUUUUGGUUUGUUUUUGGAUUCGUUGUAUGUUAUAUAUAUUCAGUUGAACUGUUCAGGAAUGAAUCAAGAGAUCAAACAUAUCUUUUAUGCUGGCAAUCAAAUCUAUUAUGGUAAAGUUAUUGAAAAAAGGUGGCUGUGUGCA